AUGGAUAUCCUUAGAUCGUGCAUUGUUUCCAUUCAACAGACCGAAAACUACUUGUCACUUUUAUGGAACCUUAAGCCUCUAUUUAUUCUCAUCAAACAUUUCUUUCAUUUCUUCACUACUCCUCUGUUAAAGAUCAUAAUUUUCUGGAAAAAAAUGGCUAAUAUUGGAGUUUUCUUAGUUGGGUUUUUCUCAAUUGUGUCAUCUGCAUAUGGCUACUAUGGUGGUUGGAUUAAUGCUCAUGCCACCUUCUACGGAGGCGGCGACGCUUCUGGAACAAUGGGUGGGGCAUGUGGGUAUGGAAACCUGUACAGUCAGGGUUAUGGAACUAAUACUGCAGCAUUGAGUACAGCCCUUUUCAACAAUGGAUUGAGUUGUGGUUCAUGUUAUCAAUUAGUGUGUGUGAAUGAUCCACAAUGGUGUCUUCGUGGCAGCAUUAUUGUUACAGCCACAAACUUCUGCCCUCCAGGGGGUUGGUGUGAUCCCCCGAACCACCACUUCGAUCUCUCUCAGCCCGUUUUCUUGCGUAUCGCGCAAUACAGAGCUGGGAUUGUUCCCGUGGCUUACAGAAGGGUGCCCUGCAGGAGAAGGGGUGGCAUUAGGUUCACCAUCAACGGUCAUUCAUAUUUCAAUCUUGUCCUAAUUACCAAUGUAGGGGGUGCUGGUGAUGUGCAUGCAGUGUCCAUCAAGGGCUCAAGAACUGCCUGGCAACCAAUGUCAAGAAAUUGGGGCCAAAAUUGGCAGAGUAACUCUUACCUCAAUGGACAAAGUUUAUCAUUCAAGGUCACCACUAGCGAUGGUCGAACCAUGGUCUCUUACAAUGUCGCCCCUCCAAACUGGUCUUUCGGCCAAACAUUUUCCGGUCGACAGUUCCGCUAA